AUGUCGGGUCGAAGUCUUCUCCCAACAGCUAUGCGCGUGGCGCUGCUGCUGCUUUGCGGACUAUUUGCGGAGCUAGCCAGUGCUGCGAACCGCAGUUGCAGUGACUCCACAGCGAUGAUGCAGCUGCAACGUGAACGUCGGCGCUUGCAAAUGGAGCAGGUGGGAGCCCCACCGCAGGUGGACUGCGAAACUGCGGGCCUCUGGGAUCCCAAUCUGCCUGGGAACGACAGAUGCUCUGGGAAUGGAGCAGAUGAAAACAGCGGCUGUCCCAAUGACGGAGUCGCCGCACCAGGUGGGGGCAGAGAGGUUCCGGAUUCCUGCUGGUUCGCUGGCAACACUCCCCAGGAAAAUCCAUGUCCGGGCCCUGGGGGUCCAUGGGUAACUGGCAAGACGAACACCGGAUCGAGCUUGGGCAAUGUUUUCGCCUGUCUCGAGGAACUGCCUGCAGGAGUCUGUCCAACUGCUGUUUGCACCAAGACAGCGAAUGACCCCCUCUUCUGCUACAACACCACUGGCAUCAGCUGCACAAGCGAAAACAUUGGUUCAGGGAACGACCGGGACUACAUCAUUACAUGUCAACCCUGGACGCCGGGACAACCGUUUUGCUUCGUCAGCGGCGCGACAAACAACCAAGGCGUUGGACAAGAUAUCAGCAACUUCGCAAUCCAGUGGGUGUGCUGCGACCAAUCCACCGCCACCACCACCACCACCACCACCACCACCACCACCACC